UGUUGGAUCAUGCCCCAGUUUGGGGCCCCUGGUCCCUCAGUUCCUCUCUCACUGCCACCUUCCAGUGCCUGCUGCUUUGGACCACCUGAAACCUCCAAGAUUCUUAGUCCCUCAGCCUCCACCUCUCAGUGCUACCACCAUGAUGGAUGUGAGUGAACUCGGGGAGUCUGCCCGCUACCUCCGCCAGGGCUACCAGGAGAUGAUGAAGGUGCACACUGUCCCAUGGGAUGGGAAGAAGCGGGUCUGGGUACCUGAUGAACAGGAGGCCUAUGUGGAGGCUGAGGUUAAGUCGGAGGCUACCGGGGGCAGAGUCAACGUGGAGACCAAAGACCAGAAGGUGCUGAUGGUGCGGGAAGCAGAGCUGCAGCCCAUGAACCCGCCCCGCUUCGACUUGCUGGAGGACAUGGCCAUGAUGACGCACCUCAACGAGGCCUCAGUGCUGCACAACCUGCGCCAGCGCUAUGCUCGCUGGAUGAUCUACGUGAACCUCACACCCUCUAACAUUGUCUUCCUUCUCCCCCAGCAAUUUCUGGCAACAAAGACUGGGGGUACCCUCGAGGACCAAAUCAUUGAGGCCAACCCCGCUAUGGAGGCUUUUGGUAAUGCCAAGACCCUGAGGAAUGACAACUCGUCUCGCUUUGGCAAGUUCAUCCGCAUUCACUUCGGGCCCUCUGGGAAGCUGGCAUCUUCGGAUAUUGACAGCUAUCUCCUGGAGAAGUCGCGGGUGAUCUUCCAGCUGCCCGGGGAGCGUGGCUACCACGUGUACUACCAGAUCCUCUCGGGCAAGAAGCCAGAGCUGCAGGACAUGCUGCUUCUGUCUAUGAAUCCCUACGACUACCACUUCUGCAGCCAGGGCGUCAUCACCGUGGACAACAUGGAUGAUGGGGAAGAGCUCAUGGCCACUGAUCAUGCCAUGGACAUCCUGGGCUUCAGUGUGGAUGAGAAGUGCGCCUGCUACAAGAUCGUAGGUGCCCUCCUGCACUUCGGCAACAUGAAGUUCAAGCAGAAGCAGCGGGAGGAGCAGGCUGAGGCCGAUGGCACCGAGAGUGCCGACAAGGCCGCCUACCUGAUGGGAGUCAACAGUGGGGACCUCCUCAAAGGCCUUCUGCACCCCCGAGUGCGUGUGGGGAAUGAGUACGUGAUCAAGGGCCAGAGCGUGGAGCAGGUCGUGUUUGCCGUGGGGGCUCUGGCCAAGGCCACCUACGAUCGGCUGUUCCGGUGGCUGGUGUCGCGGAUCAACCAGACACUGGACACGAAGCUGCCCCGGCAGUUCUUCAUCGGGGUCCUGGACAUCGCUGGUUUUGAGAUCUUUGAGUUCAACAGCUUUGAGCAACUGUGCAUCAACUUCACCAACGAGAAGCUGCAACAGUUCUUCAACCAGCACAUGUUCGUGCUGGAGCAGGAGGAGUAUAAGCGGGAGGGCAUCGACUGGGUCUUCAUCGACUUUGGCCUGGACCUGCAGCCCUGCAUCGACCUCAUCGAGAAGCCCCUGGGCAUCCUGUCCAUCCUGGAGGAGGAGUGCAUGUUCCCCAAGGCCUCCGACGCCAGCUUCCGGGCCAAGCUCUAUGAUAACCACGCAGGGAAGUCUCCCAAUUUCCAGCAGCCAAGGCCUGACAAGAAGCGCAAAUACCAGGCCCACUUUGAGGUGGUCCACUAUGCGGGUGUGGUGCCUUACAGCAUCGUGGGCUGGCUGGAGAAAAACAAGGAUCCACUGAAUGAGACUGUGGUCCCCAUCUUCCAAAAGUCACAGAACAAGCUCUUGGCUACCCUCUACGAGAACUAUGCAGGCUCCUGCUCCACGGAGCCCCCAAAGUCUGGUGUGAAAGAGAAGCGUAAAAAGGCAGCAUCCUUCCAGACGGUGUCCCAGCUGCACAAGGAGAACCUCAACAAGUUGAUGACCAACCUGCGGGCCACACAGCCCCACUUUGUCCGUUGCAUUGUCCCCAAUGAGAAUAAGACCCCAGGGGUCAUGGAUGCCUUCUUGGUGCUACACCAGCUGCGCUGCAAUGGGGUCCUAGAGGGUAUCCGGAUCUGCCGCCAAGGAUUCCCCAACAGGCUGCUCUAUGCCGACUUCCGGCAACGGUACCGCAUCCUGAACCCCAGUGCCAUCCCUGAUGACACCUUCAUGGACAGCAGGAAGGCCACAGAGAAGCUGCUAGGCUCCUUGGACAUCGACCACACCCAGUACCAGUUUGGCCACACCAAGGUGUUCUUCAAGGCUGGGCUUCUAGGCAUCCUGGAGGAGCUUCGCGACCAGCGUCUGGCCAAGGUUCUGACUUUGCUGCAGGCGCGGAGCCGGGGCCGCCUCAUGCGCCUCGAGUACCAGCGCCUGCUUGGAGGCAGGGAUGCCCUGUUCACCAUCCAGUGGAACAUCCGGGCCUUCAAUGCCGUCAAGAAUUGGUCAUGGAUGAAGCUCUUUUUUAAGAUGAAGCCGCUGCUGCGCUCAGCACAGGCCGAGGAGGAGCUGGCGGCCCUGCGGGCAGAGCUACGGGGGCUGCGAGGGGCACUGGCAACUGCGGAGGCCAAGCGACAGGAGCUGGAGGAGACACACGUCAGCAUCACCCAGGAAAAGAAUGACCUGGCCCUGCAGCUGCAGGCAGAGCAGGACAACUUGGCAGAUGCUGAGGAGCGCUGCCACCUGCUGAUCAAGUCCAAGGUGCAGCUUGAGGGGAAGGUGAAGGAGCUGAGUGAGCGGCUGGAGGAUGAGGAGGAGGUGAACGCCGAGCUGGCUGCCCGCAGGCGCAAGCUGGAGGAUGAGUGCACGGAACUCAAGAAGGACAUCGACGACCUGGAGCUGACGCUGGCCAAGGCCGAGAAGGAGAAGCAGGCCACUGAGAACAAGGUGAAGAAUCUGACGGAGGAGAUGGCGGCACUGGACGAGUCGGUGGCUAGGCUGACCAAGGAGAAGAAGGCACUGCAGGAGGCCCACCAGCAGGUCCUGGGUGACCUGCAGGCCGAGGAGGACCGUGUGAGCGCCCUGGCCAAGGCCAAGCUCCGGCUGGAGCAGCAGGUGGAAGACCUGGAGUGCUCCCUGGAGCAGGAGAAGAAGCUGCGCAUGGACACAGAACGGGCCAAGCGCAAGCUCGAAGGUGACCUGAAGCUGACGCAGGAGUCGGUGACAGACGCUGCCCAGGACAAACAGCAGCUGGAGGAGAAGCUCAAGAAGAAGGACUCCGAGUUGAGUCAGCUGAACCUGCGGGUGGAGGAUGAGCAGCUCCUCGGGGCGCAGCUGCAGAAGAAGAUCAAGGAGCUGCAGGCUCGGGCAGAGGAGCUGGAAGAGGAGCUGGAGGCCGAGCGGGCAGCCCGGGCCCGAGUGGAGAAGCAGAGGGCCGAGGCAGCCCGGGAGCUGGAGGAGCUGAGCGAGCGGCUGGAGGAGGCUGGCGGCGCGUCUGCUGGGCAGCGAGAGGGCUGCCGCAAGCGCGAGGCUGAGCUGGGGCGGCUGCGGCGGGAACUGGAGGAGGCAGCGCUGCGGCACGAGGCCACCGUAGCCGCCCUGCGGCGCAAGCAGGCAGAUAGCACGGCUGAGCUGGGCGAGCAGGUGGAUAGUCUGCAGCGGGUGCGGCAGAAGCUGGAAAAAGAAAAGAGUGAGCUCCGCAUGGAGGUGGAUGACCUGGGAGCCAGUGUGGAGACCCUGGCCCGUGGCAAGGCCAAUGCAGAGAAGCUGUGCCGGACCUAUGAGGAUCAGCUGAGUGAGGCCAAGGUCAAGGUGGAGGAGCUGCAACGGCAGCUGGCGGACGCAAGCACCCAGCGUGGACGUCUGCAAACCGAGAACGGGGAGCUGAGCCGCCUGCUGGAGGAGAAGGAGUCUCUGAUUAGCCAGCUGAGCCGUGGGAAGGCCUCGGCCACCCAGAGCCUGGAGGAACUGCGGAGGCAGCUGGAGGAGGAGAGCAAGGUGGGCUGGUCACUGGCUGCCACGAAGAGGGCAGUGUGGGCAUCAGGGCCACUGGGCCAGCCGAUGCUGAGGUCACAGGGGUCCCCGCAGGCCAAGAGCGCGCUGGCCCACGCUGUGCAGGCUCUGCGGCACGACUGCGACCUCCUGCGGGAGCAGCACGAGGAGGAGGCCGAGGCCCAGGCCGAGCUGCAGCGGCUGCUGUCCAAGGCCAAUGCCGAGGUGGCCCAGUGGAGGAGCAAGUACGAGGCCGACGCCAUCCAGAGGACCGAGGAGCUGGAGGAGGCCAAAAAGAAGCUGGCCCUGAGGCUGCAGGAGGCAGAGGAGGGAGUAGAGGCCGCACAUGCCAAGUGCUCAUCGCUGGAGAAGGCCAAGCUGCGGCUGCAGACAGAGUCGGAGGACGUGACCCUGGAGCUGGAGCGGGCAACCUCAGCAGCUGCCGCGCUGGACAAGAAGCAGCGGCACUUGGAGCGGGCACUAGAGGAGCGGAGGCGGCAGGAGGCAGAGACUCAACGGGAGCUGGAGGCGGCCCAGAGGGAGGCCCGCAGCCUGGGCACUGAGCUCUUUCGGCUGCGGCACAGCCAUGAGGAGGCUCUUGAGGCCCUGGAGACACUCAGGCGGGAGAACAAGAACCUACAGGAGGAGAUCAGUGACCUCACAGACCAUGUCGGCCUCAGUGGGAAGAGCAUCCAGGAACUGGAGAAAGCCAAGAAGGCCCUGGAAGGCGAGAAGAGCGAGCUCCAAGCUGCACUGGAGGAGGCUGAGGGGGCCCUGGAGCUAGAGGAGACCAAGACCCUGCGGAUCCAGCUGGAGCUAUCCCAGGUCAAGGCGGAAGUGGACCGGAAGCUGGCAGAGAAAGAGGAGGAGUGCACUAACCUGAGGCGCAACCACCAGCGGGCGGUAGAGUCCCUGCAGGCCUCCCUGGAUGCAGAGACCCGGGCCCGCAACGAGGCACUGCGGCUCAAGAAGAAGAUGGAAGGUGACCUCAAUGACCUGGAGCUGCAGCUGGGCCAUGCCACUCGCCAGGCCACGGAGGCACAGGCGGCCACCCGGCUGCUGCAGGCCCAACUCAAGGAGGAGCAGGCAGGGCGGGACGAGGAGCAGCGGCUGGCAGCUGAGCUCCGGGAGCAGGCCCAGGCCCUGGAGCGCCGGGGCACGCUGCUGGCGACAGAGCUGGAGGAGCUUCGGGCUGCCCUGGAGCAGGGCGAGCGCAGCCGGAGGCUUGCAGAGCAGGAGCUGCUGGAGGCCACCGAACGCCUCAACCUCCUGCAUUCACAGAACACAGGCCUCCUGAACCAGAAGAAGAAGCUAGAGGUGGACCUGGCCCAGCUGAGCGGGGAGGUGGAGGAGGCUGCCCAGGAGAGGCGGGAAGCUGAGGAGAAGGCCAAAAAGGCCAUCACCGAUGCAGCCAUGAUGGCUGAGGAGCUGAAGAAGGAGCAGGACACCAGUGCACACCUGGAGCGGAUGAAGGCAACACUGGAGCAGGCGGUACGGGAGCUGCAGGCGCGGCUUGAGGAGGCGGAACAAGCUGCCCUUCGGGGCGGGAAGAAGCAGGUGCAGAAGCUGGAGGCCAAGGUGCGUGAGGUGUCCCCCGUCCCUUCCCCUGCAGUGGGCAGCGUGAGGGCAGGCUUGGCAUCAGGCCCACCUGGCUGCUCACAGGUGCGGGAGCUGGAGGCUGAGCUUGACGCCGAGCAGAAGAAGCAUGCGGAGGCCCUCAAGGGGGUGCGGAAACACGAGCGCCGGGUCAAGGAGCUUGCGUACCAGGCCGAGGAGGACAGGAAGAACCUGGCUCGCAUGCAGGACCUGGUGGACAAGCUGCAGAGCAAGGUCAAGAGCUACAAACGGCAGUUUGAGGAGGCGGAGCAGCAGGCCAACACUAACCUGGCCAAGUAUCGCAAGGCCCAGCACGAGCUGGAUGACGCGGAGGAACGGGCAGACAUGGCAGAAACCCAGGCCAACAAGCUGCGGGCACGGACUCGGGACGCCCUGGGCCCCAAGGUAAGGACAGCCUGGGGCACCACCCUGCCCCUGAAGGGGGGAGGGGCAGGUGGUACAGUUCACUGAGCCAGCCUUCUCCCCUCAGCGCAAGGAGUGACGCCCAAGCCCUGGGCUCUGAAGAGGGACACCUGCUGUCUGCCCUCACCUGUCUCUUCACCUGCUGAGCCUGGAAUAAACCUGGAACC